GGCAUAGGUGAAAAAGGGAGAAUCUGCUAGGCCUUAGCAUCUUGCACUUAUAGCCUUACCUGGACUGAACAAUCGCCACGAACUAAUAGAUCAACGCUGAUGAUCUCCUCAGACUAUAUCCACCACUCACUGGAUUCAUGAGGGGUCAAUGACAAGCUAUAUCUAAGACUCUCUUACUCGAUUAUUGAUCACAGUCUUACACCACCACUAAUUUGCUUUCAGCAAUACCAUACCACUAGUGAGCAUGAAUCUUCAACACUCGACACUAGUCUUCGGACCACAAACGAAUUCCUUUGACGCGGCCCAUCUCUCCACCGUGAGAAACUCUUUGAUUUCUAACAAACGCCUAAAGCCAUUCCACAAAGCCGUUACGGAGCUUUCCGACUUCUUGCCAACACUACUCGCGCAUGAUUCUUCUCUACAGAAACUACCUGCGGUAGAAUACUGCACCUUCCUAACACAAUGGCUGGAAACCGGUGCAUUACCACCAGGGCCAAUGAAUCGGGAUUUGCCGAACAUGGUUUGCACGCCCCUCACAGUCAUCAUUCACGUUGUGCAGUUUUUCAACUAUCUCGAGACCCACUAUGAGCCUGUUCACGCAUAUGAUAAUCUCCUUGCAUCUGCGACUCCGAUUGGGGCCCAGGGGUUCUGUACUGGGUUUUUGACCGCAGCCGCUGUGACAUGUGCUUCGGAUGAGGACACUUUAGUCAAACUGUGCUCAAAUGCAUUGCGACUUGCUCUUUGCAUAGGCGCUUAUGUUGAUCUAGAUCAGUCCAACGCGGGAGGGAACUGGACAACGGCUAUUAUGGUGUCUUGGAGUGAGAGGAAUAAACCUGUUUGCGAUGUUCACGAGUUCUUGAAGGAUUUUCCAGAAGCUUAUGUUUCUGUUAUCUCUGACAGAACCAAAAUCACGAUAACACUUCCCCAGAAACUUUGUGAUUCCAUAUCAAAAGCUUUGCUAGAUCAAGGCUAUAGUGUGAUACCAUUGGCUGUCUUUGGUCGUUUCCAUUCAUCUGUUCAGACACAUGUCUGUCAGAAACUUAUGCAACUAUGUGCAUCAACAGAAUCUUUACAACUUCCCCAGGCAGAAAGUCUUCGGACCGCGUUGAGAGCGGGUGAGGAUGGACAAGAGAUACUUGAAGGAUCGCUUCAUGAGAUAGCACUUGUUUCGCUGCUUUCGAGACAAUCGAAAUGGUAUGCGACCAUCUCAAACACAGUUGCUCAAUUGGAUGCAAGUCAAAAGAGACACGUACUUCAAGUAGGGUUUGUCGACUGCAUUCCAAGCCGGCUUGUUCGUGAAUUUGAUCUCAAAGUCGUGAAACUUAGCAAGUUCCUUCCUGAUCACGGAUCCCAGACUGUUCCUACUUCUGUACAGAAAGAUAUUUUGCCAUCUCAUCUACCGAAAGAACAUGUCUAUCCCAAACACUCAAUUGCAGUGGUUGGGUACUCAUGCAAAUUUCCUGGAGCAAAUUCGCCCGAAGAAUUUUGGGAUAUCUUGACUGAAGGCAAGUCAUUACUUCGAACGAUACCAGAGGGUAGAUUCCCUGUCGGAGGUCUGAGAAGAUCUUCGAAACAGCCAUUCUAUGGCAAUUUCGUUGAUGAUAUUGAUGCAUUUGAUCACAAAUUUUUCCAAAAAUCUCCUCGAGAGGCGGCGUCGAUGGAUCCACAGCAGAGGUUCUUGCUUGAAUGUUCCUACAAUGCUCUCUUAUCUAGUGGAUAUUUUGGCCGGCAAUUAAUUUCUGGAGACAAAGGAGGCAACGAACAAAAUGAUGUUGGGUGUUUCUUCGGAGUUUGCGGUUCUGACUACAACGAUAAUAUUGCUUCACAUCCGCCAAAUGCCUUCUCAUCUUUAGGUAGCUUACGAGCAUUUCUCAGUGGAAAAGUCAGUCAUUUCUUUGGUUUCACAGGGCCUUCAGUGAUCUACGACACGGCUUGCUCUUCUUCAGCUGUUGCAAUUGACGCCGCAUGCAAAUCUCUGCAGGCCGGAGACUGUUCAGCGGCUCUAGCAGGAGGUGUUUCCCUAUACACUAGUCCAUACUUCUACGAAAAUUUGGGGGCCGCGUCAUUUUUAAGUCCGACCGGCGCUACAAAGCCGUUUGAUGCGGAAGCCGAUGGAUAUUGUAGAGGAGAAGGUGUGGGAAUAGUUGUGUUAAAACGAUUGGAGAAUGCGAUUACAGAUGGUGACCCUAUAUUAGGAGUCAUUGCUGGAUCUGCUGUGAAUCAGAGUAUGAAUUCAACGAGUAUCACGGUGCCAAAUUUGGAAUCUCAGUCUGUGUUGUUUGAAAAGGUAGCAGCACUUGCAGGCUCCAGUCCAUCGGAAUUCACAUAUGUCGAAGCUCAUGGGACAGGUACUCCUGUCGGAGAUCCAAUAGAAAUAAAUGCAAUCCGCAAAGUAUUUGGCGGAGCACACCGAUCGAUACCAUUACAUGUGGCAUCGGUAAAAGGCAAUAUUGGUCAUCUGGAAGGUGCCUCAGGUGUUGCAUCAUUAAUCAAGGUCCUUCUAAUGAUGAAGCACAAAUCGAUACCAAAACAAGCGAACCACUUGUCCUUGAAUCCAAAAAUAAGAGCUUUAGAACCAGACAAAAUUAAAAUUCCGCUCCAGACAACACCAUGGGAAGCUGAUCUCCGUAUUGCCAGCAUCAACAACUAUGGUGCAUCUGGGAGCAACGCAUCUAUAGUCGUGGUUGAACCACCGUCCCAAGCGUUCAAGCCUUGUCUUCUCAACGGCCCAGAGAGUUUGCCUAUUACAGCUAAAUAUCCUAUCAGGGUAUCUGCAAAUUGUCCACGAAAUUUGGCAGCCUAUUGCGAUCGUCUGAAAGCCCAAAUUCCCCAACUCUGUCAGAAUUCUAUUACUUUGCGUGAUCUCUCUUAUGGCCUAGCAGAAACUCAGAACUGGAAUUUCUCCAACAUUUUCACGGCGGCAGUCUCGGACCUUAGCGAACUAGACAACGCGCUGAUAAAUAUAGCGGAAGGCUGCUUAAUCGUCCCUCAGAAGGUUAAGCCGGUGAUAUUGUGCUUCGGUGGACAGACAAGUGCUGCAGCUUCCGUGGAUCGAAAUCUAUACAAUCAAUCAACACUCUUCCGUCGUCAUGUCGAUCAUUGUGAUGAGGUUCUGCGGUCCCUAGGAAGGAACUCCAUAUUCCCUAGCAUCUUCGACUCCAGUCCUGAUCCCAGCACAAUGAAUCUUCACUCUAAAUUGUUCGUCCUGCAAUACAGCGCUGCUAAGAUGUGGCUAGAUUCCGGUAUCCAAAUUAGCGCGAUGAUCGGCCAUAGCUUUGGACAAUUGACAGCGUUAACAGUUGCAGGGUCUCUCUCUCUGGAGGAUGGAUUGAAGCUUGUUGUUGGUCGCGCUGAAUUGGUCGAGAAGUUGUGGGGCCAUGAUAAUGGUUCUAUGUUGGCUGUCGAAACAGAUCGAGAUACUCUGGAUAAGUUUAUUGACUUGAUGAGAAAGCAAGGACCCAAAUUUGAAGUCGAGGUUGCUUGUUACAACGGUCCGACAAGCUUUGUGUUGGUCGGUACCCAUCUCGCUAUUGCGAAGGUCGAAGAAACCCUUAAAAAUAAUGCAGUGGAGUUUUCGUCACUCAAAGCAAGGAAAUUGGAUGUUACCCAUGGAUAUCACUCCGCAUUGACCGAUGCUAUUCUACCUGAGUACAUGCAAAUUAUGAAAGGUUUGAAAUUCAGCGAACCCAAGAUUCACGUCGAAACAUGCUCUGAAAAUGAUGCAUGGUUACUUCCUAGUCCCGAACUGGUUGUCGAACACACGAGAACAGGAGUCUACUUUGGCAAUGCAGUUGAACGGAUUAAUCAAAGACUCGGUUGUUGCACAUGGUUAGACGUUGGUUCUGGGUCAGCCAUCACCAAAAUGGCUAGGAGAGCGCUCAAGUCGGGAAAAACAUCCAGUGUUCAGUUACACCAGUUCUUGGAUAUCAAACUAGACAACGAAAGAGUCUUAGAUCAAUUGACAAAUACGACUCUUGAACUUUGGAAAUCUGGGAGUAAAGUCCACUUUUGGCUUCAUCAUCGUUGCGAGAAAGACAGCUACAAAAGAAUUGAUCUGCCUCCUUACCAAUUUGAGAAGGCACGUCAUUGGUUGGAAUGGAAAGAAGCUCAGACCGCCAUACCUCUACCGUCAAUACCGAAAGACUAUUCCAUUAAUCGACCAAAUUCCAUGCUAUCAUUUGUAAAGUUCCAUGACAAAGAUAGGAGUCAUAUUGAAUUUCGGAUCAACGUACAGGAGCAAGGAUAUCAAAAAUUUAUUACCGGUCAUGCAGUUCUUGGGCAACCUCUUUGCCCUGCCCCUCUCUACAUGGAACUUGCAUCCUCUGCGAUUCUAAUUCUUGAAAACUACAAAUUAUAUCAAGACGCUCCUAUGCUUCCCCAAGUACAAGACCUUGAGAUCAAAGCUCCUUUGGGUAAAGCACUUGAUAAAUCAGUGGCCUUAAUAAUUCUCAAAGCAGAUGGCGAAUCUUGGCUAUUCGAGUUUUCAAGCCAAAGUCCGACAAUCAGGAGAAACUCAUCUCAGCCAGUGAUACAUGCUACUGGUAAGAUAUUACUACGAGAUACUUUCCCAACAAGCACUUUACGAACGGAAAGAUUGAUACCACAUACUCGCCUCACGGCUAUCCAAUCAGAUGCCAAGGCGAAAAAGCUUCAAGGAAGGCAGGUAUAUGACAGGUUUUCUCGGGCAGUAACAUAUUCCGAAAUGUAUAAAGGUGUAAGGGAUGUCUAUGCAAGGGACCACGAAAUUGUCGGAAAAGUUAGGUUGCCAAAAGAGAGUCAGCUCUUCGGCUUAGGACGCAAGACCAUAAUUGACCCAAUUGCUUUGGACAACUUCAUUCAAAUAGCCGGUCUCCAUGUCAAUUGUCUUAUUCCCAUCAACGAUAAUGAAGUCAACGUCUGUGUAAAGAUAUCUGAUCUCGAAUUUCACAAAGAAUUGAGUGCAUCAGAUGGACAUUCCGGGUGGACGGUCUUUUCAACAUAUUCGACAAUUGGACCAAGAGAAGUAGAGAAUGAUAUCUAUGUCUUCGACUCAAAGAGCCAUAAGCUGGUUUUAACGAUUUUUGGCGCCAUGUUCAUGAGAGUCAAUAUUAAUUCGUUAACCAAGACAUUAUCCAAAGCAAAUGCUCGCAGCACUAUUGUCAUUGAUGAACCUCGGAUCACAUUUGAUGAUUUGGAGGCAGAAAAAUUGAAAGUCUCGACACUUAUGGAAGACGAAGGCUACAGAUCCAUGAAUAAUACGAUAAUUCACUCCGAGGAAGAAGAUAAUGAAGAAAUAUCACCAAUACCAGCAGGUCCCAAUCCAAUUUCUCGGCUGAAACAAUUAUUGAUAGAGCAUUUAGAUCUCCCCGAGGGUAGUGUGAAGCCAGAAAUGAAUCUAGUAGAUGAAGGAUUAGAUUCUUUGCUGGCUAUCGAGCUUGGCAACGAUAUCAGUAAAACUUUUGGUGUAGGAAAUAUCGCACUGGAUGAGUUUCAGACUUUCGGGGAGCUUUGUAUUGCUGUAUUUGGAAAAGGUGUAAAACCAGUCAAGGCGGAUAUAAAAAAGAACAAUAUUGAUGUCAAGGCCCUGACUUCAAGUCUGAAAAAAAUCGAGGACCCUAUCAUGAUUGGGAAAUUUGCAACCGAAACCUUGUUUCUGGAAGAUUCAUCUUUCCUCAAAGGAUCGCAGUUAGCAUUUGACAAAGGUCGCCGUGAGUUUGAUGCGUUUGCGAAGAAGACAGGUUUCAAUGAUUUUUGGGAGAAAGUUUAUCCUUUGCAGAAGAAACUAGUCCUAUCUUAUGUUGUGGAGGCCUUUGUUAAGCUCGGGUGUCUCAUUCCAUCGAUGGUUCCCGGUGAAGUUCUUUCGUCGAUCGAUUUCCUACCAAAACAUCAAAAAUUAGUGUCGCAGUUGCACAACAUAUUGGAAGAUGGCGAUUUGAUAAAGAGUGGUGGAGGAAGAUUUCUGCGAACUAACGUUCCCGUCGACACUACUCCAUCUUCUCAACUGUAUGAAGAAAUUUUGACAGAAGCACCAUUCUUCCACCUCGAACACCGUGUUCUCCACGUCACCGGCUCCAAUCUUGCAGAUUGUCUUACAGGGAAAGCAGAUCCCGUACAACUCCUCUUCGGAAAAAGAGAGAACAAAACGCUUCUGGAAGAAUGGUACGCGACCGCUCCAGCCCCAGCGGCCAUCACAGCUCAUCUCACACAUUUCCUUCACCAAGCUCUGUCCGUCCAUUCCGGGAUCGUUAAGAUUCUUGAAAUCGGUGGUGGAACUGGAGGAACAACAAAACACAUGAUAGAUUUUCUCACUUCCAAUGACAUUCCUUUCGAAUACACAUUCUCCGACAUCUCCCCCAUGUUUGUUAAUGCUGCCAAGAAAAAAUUCUCAAAAUAUCCAAAUGUCACUGUUACAACUUUAGAUAUCGAAAAGCCUGUCUCUGAAAAUAUGCAGAGCAAGUUUCACAUAGUUUUAUCCACGAACUGUAUUCAUGCCACCAAAGACAUCUCAAAUUCCACAGCACAUAUCCGCGAUAUGCUCCUGCCUAACGGCUUCUGCUCACUAGUCGAAUUCACCCGUAACAUAUUCUGGUUUGAUUUGGUAUUUGGACUCCUAGACGGCUGGUGGUUUUUCGAAGACGGGCGAACCCAUGUUUUGGCCGAUGAAUGGUUUUGGGAAUCGAGUAUGAAAGCAGCUGGAUUCGGACAUGUUUCGUGGACACAUAGUUCUAGUGCUGAAUCGCGGACUGUCAGGAUUAUUACAGGAUUUCUUGAGCCCCCCGAGCGUACGAGUUUUGUUCCCAAGAGGCCGAGGAAAAGUUUCAAGUACGAAUCGCUGGAGUAUAAGAUUACUGGGGAGUGUAAACUUUUUGCGGAUGUUUAUUAUGAUUCUAGUGCUGCGAAGAAUGACAUUAAGAGACCUGUUGCUCUUAUGAUCCACGGUGGAGGCCAUACCUUAUACAGCCGAAAGGAUGUUAAUCUAAAGCACAUUCGACUGCUCCAAGACAACGGAUUUAUCCCAGUCAGCAUUGACUAUCGAUUUAUACCCGAGGUACCACUCCGCGAAGGAGCUAUGUCCGAUGUUUGUGAUGCUCUGGCAUGGGCCCGGAAUACAUUACCAUCCAUCAGUCUAGAAAAUUGUCCUCAACAAAAGGUAGACGGCAGUAGAGUAGUUGUACUUGGAUGGUCUACCGGUGGUACACUCGCCAUGUCUAGCGCCUUUACAUCUCUCGAACAAGGGACUCAACCACCCGAAGCUAUUCUAGCAUUUUACUGUCCUACGAAUUAUGACGAUGAAUGGUGGAAAACUCCCAUUUUCCCAAAAAUGUCCAUUUCCGAUCCUUCAACACCUUAUAAUCUUCUCGAGGGCGUACAGAACACCCCGGUUACAAGUUAUACGCCCACAACCAGCACUGGAGCUUCGACUCAAUUGUUUUCUCUACAAGAUCCGCGCACCCGCUUUAUUUUACAUAUGAACUGGCGCGCACAAGCAUUACCAAUCUUGAUCAACGGUCUCCCAUCGCUUUCCACCUCUCAAACAACUUCUUCUUCCUCUCUCCCCAUCACCUUCUAUGAAAACCUCCCCAUGCCCUCACCUAGUCAAAUUGCACGCAUAUCACCCUACUCCCAUAUAGUCUCUUCACACUACAAGACCCCAACAUUCCUGAUCCAUGGUACAGAAGAUGAUUUAAUUCCUUGGCAACAAAGUCAAAAGACAUAUGAGGCACUAAAAGAAAGGGGAGUUGAGGCAGGCAUUGAGAUUUUAGAGGGAUCGGGACAUCUUUUUGAUUUAACUAGGGAUAGGGGUGGUGAUGAGGCGGUUAGAGUGGUUGAGAAGGGAGUGGAAUUUUUAAAGAGAUUUGUGUAAGGAUUUUCAAGUGAACAAGGUGGAAUAUCGAUGGGAGGGUCCGGGGCUGUAACUGAAUGGAUUGAGAUGAUGAUCGGUGACGGGGUUGUUUGUAUUUGUUAUUCACGAAGUUUAUCAUGAUACCAACCACAGGCGAGUUAACUUUGAUGAAUAGAUUUCAUUGCUACCUACUAGUUUCCUGAUUGUACAUGCUGGGUACCAUCUUCCACACAUUGCAGAUGGUUCUCUACUUUCAAUGAUUAUAUACAUGUGCAUGUUUCAAAGUUUCUAGACGUCACCAAAAUGAUAAUCA